UCGAGAUGGCAGCCGCUCCUCCUGUUGCUCCCCGAAAGAGACUCGUCUCCAUCAAAAGUUACAGCAUCGAAGAUGGAUACCCAGCUAGAAGACGUUCCUUGGUUGGUGAUGCAAAGUUUGAAACUGUUAAAAAUAAAGAAGCUAAACAAACUUGGAUUUUGGAACAAAGGAAGAAAACUGAAGACGAAGAAUUAUCAGAGGAGGAGGUUUUCCUCGUGAGUGAUAUUCCUGACGAACCCUUACCUUCACCUCAGCAAGUGAAUCUUGUUUUGUCUGUUAAAGAUGGCUUCAAUAAUCUGCCAAGGAUUCUCAGAAUUAUGCAGUCAUGCCAAGGUUCUAUUCUCCAUCUGGAAACUAGAACGUCUAAAAAGAAAGAUUUUGAUUUUGACAUCCUGGUUCGACUCAGUGCCACCAAGGAUAGAGUGUUGCAUAUCAUCAAAGCCCUGAAAGUAAAUUCUAUUAUCGAUAUAAAUAUUUUGGUUGAGGAAAAGAUAAGCAUCAAAGAUCCUUGGUUCCCCAGGCAUAUAAGCGACUUAGAUUUCUGCACUCAUCUCAUGACGAAGUAUGAGCCUGACUUAGAUAUGGAUCACCCUGGAUUCGCUGACCAAGUCUACAGAGCAAGAAGGAAAGAAAUUGCAGAUAUUGCAUUUCAUUACAAACAUGGCGAGGCAAUACCCAGAGUAGAGUACAGAGAAGAUGAAAUUCGAACAUGGGGCGUAGUUUACAAAAAUUUAAAGGCUUAUCUUCCAACUCAUGCCUGCAAGCAGUACCUCGAAGUGUUUUCGAUUUUGGAGAAAGAAUGUGGUUAUCGACCUGACAACAUUCCACAGCUGGAAGAUGUAUCCAAAUUUUUGAAAAAACGGACUGGAUUUCAAGUUCGGCCUGCUGCAGGAUUAUUGACAGCUCGAGAUUUUUUGGCAAGUCUUGCAUUUCGUGUUUUUCAGUCGACGCAAUAUGUUAGACAUCCGUCAUCUCCUAAUCAUUCCCCUGAGCCUGAUUGUAUUCACGAGUUGCUUGGACAUAUUCCUAUGCUAGCUGAUCCUACCUUCGCUCAGUUUUCCCAAGAAAUCGGUUUGGCCUCGUUGGGCGCCCCUGACGAAGGCAUUGAAAAAUUUGCCACGCUUUAUUGGUUUACUGUAGAAUUUGGACUUUGCAAACAAAAUGGAGAAAUUAGGGCUUAUGGCGCUGGUUUGUUAUCAUCUUACGGAGAACUUCAGCAUGCUCUUUCCAGUAAACCAGAGCAACGUGUCUUCGACCCUGAGAACGCUGCUGUCCAGCCCUAUCAAGACCAGGAUUAUCAAGAUGUUUAUUACGUGGCUGAAAGCUUUGAUGAUGCAAAGCAAAAGUUCAGGAAUUACGUUGCUCAACAUUUGAAACGGAGUUAUGAAGUACGAUACGAUGCAAUGACCCAAUCAAUUCAGUUGCUGGAUUCUGUUGAAAAACUUGAGUCUUUGUCUGCUAGUCUACUCAAUGAAGUUGCUCGGCUGGCUAGCGCUAUCAAGAAGCUCUCGGAGCAAUAAAAAGAAUUCUUUUGUUCUUGUUUUUAAUGUAGAGCAUUCAAUGUGUUUAGAAAAUAAUAGAUGUCGUAAAUCUAAAUGAUUCCUGUUAUACUGUAAAAGUAGAAGCUUAAUUCCUCUGUGUCACUGUUAAAUUAGGUUUAACUUACAAGGACAUUCUAUUGAAUAAAAAAUUUGAAUUGAAAAUAGACUGAUAAAAAUAAAAUUUAGCUCCAAAGUAUUUUGAAAAUAGGCUAAGAAAGAAAUUUAAUCUUUCACACUGAUGUGAAUUUUCACUCUGAAAUAAGAUAAAAUGAUUAUCUUAUUGUUUCUGGGCUAAUGAAUAUCAUCUUUUCUUGUUUAUUUCAGUGUGAAAUUAUUUUGUGGUUUUUCUUUUUUAUC